AUGGAAGGUACUUGUAGUGGUCGGGGCCGAGGACGUGGUAUUAGGCAAUCUGCGACUGAGGGGGGUAGUUGGGAAACUGUGCCUGAACCCAAUCUUGAGCCUAGAAUUGAUCCUAAUGCCCAGGUAGCCGCUGCUAUUCAGCUCAUGACUGACUUGUUGUCCCACAUAGUGGAACACCAGGGCCAACCCCCUAUUCAUCAACCCAGAAGCUCGGGCAACCAUAUAGAGGGUGAGGACAAAGCCCUUGAAAGAUUUCAAAAGUUCCCCCCACCAAAGUUCCUGGGAGGGCCUGAUCCAGACGUGGCCGAACGGUGGUUGGAGAAGAUGAUAGAUAUCUUUGCAGUCUUACAUUAUUCGGAGGAGAGGCAGGUUACUUUUGCUGUCUUUCAGUUGGAAGGGGCCGCCCGGUCUUUGUGGAACGUGAUUCGAACAAAGUGGGAAAGAGAGCAAACACCAAAGACCUUAGUAAACUUCAUGAGAGAGUUUAACGCUAAGUAUUUUUCGCCCCUAGUUCAGGAAAAGAAGGAGGAUGAAUUCAUUAGGUUGCGCCAGGGAGCUUAA